AUGAUGAUGGAGAAUGGUGUAAUUAAAGAUGUUUUCAGACACUGUAACAACUAUCCUGUUCCUGUGUUUGCCUCCGUCACUGAAAAUGUUUCUGCAAAAGGCGUUAGGGCUGACUUAGAUGUUGAGUCAAGCACCCAGAACCUCAUCGUAAGCACUGAGUGGAGUCAGUGUGCUGUAGAGAGAGGGGUUCGAUUGCAUUACUGUCAGCGCUGGAAUCUGCAACUCAAUAAAACGACUGUGGAAAACAUAGUGUCUCUGGGACCCUGCAUAAACACACAUGGAGAGCUGCUUUCUAGUUACUCUCCCUCUGGAGCUCGCAAAGCAGUAAUCCAGGAAACCAGCUCUCAUCAGUACCUUGAGGUGUGGGGCAACAAUGGACUGGAGAAAAGCUUAAACCUCACUGCCCUUAACAAACAUGGAAAAGUCUAUGACGAUGCACAGUUUGCUUGUCUAGCCUGGUCACCAUGUGAAGAAAGGUUACUAUACAUAGCAGAAAAGAAGAAACCGGAUUUAUCUAUGCAACAGUCAUGUUCAUCAGCCAAUGACAACGUGUCAGAGGAGGAUAAGAAUGUGUACAGGGAAGACUGGGGUGAGGGUCUGGUCGGUAAAAGUGUUCCGGUUCUGUGUGUGGCUGAUCUAACUAAAGGAGAGGUGACUGUGUCCACUGUAGUCCCACCUCACAUAUCACCUGGACAGGCCCUGUGGGCGGAGGACAGCAGAAAUGUAAUCUUCGUGGGCUGGUGGCAUGAGCCGUUCCGACUAGGCCUCAAGUUCUGUUCCAAUCGGAGAUCAACGCUUUUCUACACAGACUUGAAAAAGAACUGUGAGCUUAUGUCGAGUGAUUCAGGAUCAGUAUUGAGUCCACGACUGAGUCCAGACCGCCGUUGGCUUGUCUAUCUGCAGGGACAAGUGUUUGGGCCACACCAGCAAUGCCUCCAAAUAAUUUUGUAUGACAUGCAGAACAAGACUUCCUCAGUAUUGGUGGAUAUAGUGAGAAGAGCUGCAAAAGGACAGUUUGCGGGCGUGUAUGAAUCGCUUGCUCAACAUUGCUGGUCAACAAACAGUGAACAAAUCUUCUUCAGCAGUGCCUGUGAAAACAACAAGAUGGUAUUCUCUGUGGAGAGAAGAACAGGAAGAGUAACAGCUGUGUGUGAUGACAGUGCAGGGCAACUGUUUGGAAGUGUUAAGCUGUUAACAGUACAGAAGGACCUGAUGGUGAUGUCCUGCUCUUCUCCAAAUCAUCCACCUAGCCUGAAAGUAGCCUUUGUUCCUGAUGGAAAGCAUACACAGUGGGUUCACCUGGGUGGAGCUGAUACAUGUGAGAGUUUUGACUGGCAGUCCAUGAUAAUCACACCUCUGCCUGAAGAAGAAAACCACCAGUUCUCUGCUGUGAAUUUUGGGGCAGUGCUGUUAAAACCUGCUAGUUCUUUGAGGGGUGUGAAGUUUCCUCUGGUUGUUUUCAUACAUGGUGGGCCUCAUUCUCAUUUUGCUGCUGAAUGGAAUGUUACUGCCACAGCUUUGACCAAACUGGGUUUUGUUGUGCUUUUGGUAAACUAUAGAGGUUCCACUGGAUUCGGUCAAGACAGUAUUGAUUCUCUCCUUGAAAACAUUGGCAGUCAGGAUGUGAAAGAUGUUCAGAGGGCUGUGCUGCAUGUCCUGCAGGAUGACAAGUCCCUUGAUCCUGAUAGAAUAGCUGUGAUGGGUGGGUCCCAUGGAGGAUUUCUCACUUGUCACCUGAUUGGUCAGUAUCCAGAGUUCUACAAAGCAUGUGCAGCACGAAACCCUGUCAUCAACGCAGCCACUUUGCUUGGGACCAGUGACAUCAUCGACUGGAGAUAUUCCUCUGUUGGUCUGGAUUACUGGUUUGACCAGUUACCUACUCCACAAGCCCUGACCACCAUGCUGGAGAAAUCACCUAUAGUGCAUGCAGCACAGAUCCGCACUCCAGUGUUGCUCAUGUUAGGUGGGAAGGAUAAAAGAGUUCCACCUUACCAAGGUCUGGAGCUUUACAAAGCUCUUAAGAGCAGAAACUCACCUGUCAGGCUUUUGUGGUUUGAUGGUGAUGGGCAUUCUCUUUCUAAAGUGGAAACACAGUCAGACUGUUUUCUGAAUGUAGCACUGUGGUUCAAACAGCACUUAGAAAUGUACUAAACUAAGCUGUCAUAAAUGUAAUUAAAGGACAACACUGAUCCUGUCAAUGACAUUUCCUCAUAUGUAGUUGAUUAGCAAAAACAUAUUUGGUUUCCUGUGUAUUCCUGUUUUACUUUAUUCUUUACUGAAGCUACAGGGUAAUUUAGGUAACAAGUAAUGGAAGUCUGUCUUAACCAUGAAUGUAUUUUAUAGGUACUUGCAUAUAUUCUAAAAUACAUUAAAGGGAAACAAUA